AUGAGGGCGGCGGCGAGGCGGGACUGCCCGGGCGCCCUCUGCGUGUCCCUGGCGCUGGCCGCGGCCGCGGCGUGCGCGGCGCGCAGCGCCAAGGAGCCCGGCAACAUGUCCUACGUGAAGGAGACGGUGGACCGGCUGCUCCAGGGCUACGACAUCCGCCUGCGCCCCGACUUCGGAGGGCCGCCCGUGGACGUGGGCAUGCGGAUAGAGAUCGCCAGCAUCGACGUCGUCUCCGAAGUCAACAUGGACUACACUCUCACCAUGUACUUCCAGCAGUCCUGGAGGGAUAAAAGGCUCUCCUAUUCUGGAAUACCUUUAAACCUAACGCUGGACAACAGAGUGGCUGACCAACUCUGGGUGCCUGACACGUAUUUCCAAAAUGAUAAGAAGUCAUUUGUCCACGGAGUGACAGUGAAAAAUCGAAUGAUUCGACUCCAUCCAGAUGGGACAGUCCUUUAUGGCCUACGGAUCACAACAACAGCUGCUUGCAUGAUGGAUCUACGGAGAUAUCCUCUGGAUGAACAAAAUUGCACACUAGAAAUUGAAAGUUAUGGAUAUACUACUGAUGAUAUUGAAUUUUACUGGAAUGGAGGAGAGUCUGCAGUAACAGGAGUUAACAACAUUGAGCUCCCACAAUUUUCUGUUGUUGAUUACAAGAUGGUAUCAAAGAGAGUGGAAUUUACAACAGGGGCAUAUCCUCGAUUAUCACUCAGUUUCCGGCUUAAAAGAAAUAUCGGAUACUUCAUUUUGCAAACCUAUAUGCCUUCCACAUUGAUCACAAUUCUUUCAUGGGUAUCUUUUUGGAUCAAUUACGAUGCUUCUGCAGCUAGAGUUGCUCUAGGAAUCACAACUGUGCUGACCAUGACCACAAUCAGCACCCAUCUCAGGGAAACAUUGCCAAAGAUACCCUACGUCAAGGCAAUUGAUAUUUACCUGAUGGGAUGCUUUGUGUUUGUGUUCCUGGCCUUGCUGGAAUAUGCCUUUGUAAACUAUAUAUUCUUUGGGAAAGGACCCCAGCGUCAAAAAAAGGCAGCAGAAAAGGCAGGACAUGCUACAGGCAAGAAGGGCAGACUGGAAACAAAUAGAGUCCAGGUUGAUGCCCAUGGAAACAUUCUUCUUAGUCCACUCGAAAUAAGAAAUGAAGUCAGCAGCUCAGAUGUGUUCACUAGCCUCAGUGACCCAAGAGCUACCAUGUAUUCGUAUGACAGUGCCAGCCUUCAAUACAGAAGAACCACUUCCAGCAGAGAACUCUACAGUAGGAGCGCUUUGGAGAGGCACAGGCUUCACAAAAAGGGACGCUUACAAAGAAGAGCAUCCCAGAUCAAAGUCAAAAUCCCCAAUUUGACUGAUGUUAAUGUGAUAGACAAGUGGUCCAGAAUGGUCUUUCCCAUCACAUUUAUUCUUUUCAAUGUUGUUUAUUGGCUGUAUUAUGUCCACUAA